UCCCCACGGCGAACCCCGCGGCCGCGGAGCCCCGAGGGACGGCCGGGUUCCACGCGUGGACAGGGGCCGCCCCCCGUCCCCAGCCCUGCGAGAGGGGGGGAGGGGGAGGAGGAGGAGACCGACCCCCGGCAGCAGCCUUCCUCCGCCGCACGCCUUCCUAUCCCCUCCCUCUGGCCUCAGCGCCGCGCUGGCGGGGCCGGAGAGGGCAGACGGCGCGGGAAGGCGGCUCUCCCAGCAUGGAUGAGCCAUGUGUAUCCUAAGGAAUAACAGCAGCUGCUGCGCCCACGAUGGGGAGCAGAGGAAUGCGCGGAGGAGAGGGCUCGCUGGGGCAGAAUCAAAGAACCUGUGUGUGACAUCGUCAUGAAUGAGAGAAGAAAGUAAUACAGUAUUGGAUGUGCCUGUUUGCUGCCACUAUUUAGAGAGAAAAUGAUGCAUUAUGGGGAAUCACUCGAAGGGACUGAAUGAGAUGAACUGUUUGGGUUAUAGUGUCUGAAAGGCUCAAUUAUUCUCUUGGAGACAUAUUCUAAAUGAGCCUGACCGAGAUACUGGAUCUGUGUGAAGAGGACUAAGGAUAUAGGAUGUCAACUGAGACAGAACUUCAAGUGGCUGUUAAAACCAGCACAAAGAAAGACUCCAAAAAGAAAGGUCAGGAUCGCAGCGAAGCCACUUUAAUAAAGAGGUUUAAAGGUGACGGUGUCCGAUACAAAGCAAAGCUGAUUGGGAUCGAUGAGGUUUCAGCCGCACGGGGAGACAAGUUAUGCCAGGACUCCAUGAUGAAGCUCAAGGGAAUUGUUGCUGCGGCCCGUUCGAAAGGAGAGCAUAAACAGAAAAUCUUCUUAACAGUCUCCUUUGGUGGAAUCAAAAUCUUCGACGAAAAGACAGGGCUACUGCAGCACCACCACGCAGUUCAUGAGAUAUCGUACAUCGCAAAGGAUAUCACAGACCACCGAGCGUUUGGAUAUGUGUGUGGAAAGGAGGGAAAUCAUCGAUUUGUGGCAAUAAAAACAGCCCAGGCAGCUGAACCUGUGAUUCUGGACUUGCGAGAUCUGUUUCAGCUCAUCUAUGAACUGAAACAAAGGGAAGAAAUGGAAAAAAAGGCGCAAAAAGACAAGCAGUGUGAACAGGCGGUAUACCAGGUUCCUACCAGCCAAAAGAAGGAAGGUGUUUAUGAUGUGCCAAAAAGUCAACCUGUAAGUCUGGAGAAUGGAAACUUAUUGCUGGACAUUGAUGAAAAUCUUGGUUCAGUCACUCAGGCUGUUACCCAACUAGAGCUUUUUGGGGACAUGUCCACUCCUCCUGAUGUAACCUCUCCCCCAACUCCUGCUACUCCAGGUGAUGCCUUUAUCCCAUCUUCAUCCCAGUCACUUCCUGCUAGUACAGACAUGUUUGGUUCUGUACCUUUCAGCACUGCUGCCGUACCCUCAGGUUAUGUUGCCAUGGGAGCUGUUUUGCCCUCAUUCUGGGGACAGCAACCACUUGUUCAACAGCAGUUGGCCAUGGGUGCUCAGCCUCCAGUUGCUCAGGUGAUGCAGGGAGGACAGCCGAUAGCGUGGGGCCAACCUGGUAUUUUUCCUCCUGCCCAGCAGCCCUGGCCAUCUGUAGCUGGUCAAUUCCAACCAACUGCCUUCAUGCCAACACAAACUGUUUUGCCUUUACAAGCAGCCAUGUUUCAAGGUACCAUUGCUCCUAUAGCUACUGUUCCACCCACAAGCGAUUCCAACAGAUCAAGUCCGCAGACAGACAGGCCCAGACAGAAAAUGGGAAAAGAAAUGUUUAAAGAUUUCCAGAUGGCUCAGCCUCCACCAGUGCCAUCAAGAAAACCAGAUCAGCCUUCCCUCAGUUGUACCUCAGAGGCCUUCUCAAGUUACUUUAACAAAGUUGGGAUGGCACAGGAAGCAGAUGAUUGUGAUGACUUUGACAUCUCUCAGUUAAAUUUGACUCCUGUGACUUCCACGACACCAUCAACAAACUCACCUCCAACCCCUGCACCCAGACAGAGUUCUCCAUCGAAAUCAUCAGCAUCUCAUACCAGCGAUCCUGCUGCAGAUGACCUCUUUGAAGAGGGGUUUGAAAGCCCAAGCAAAAGUGAGGAGCAGGAGGCUCCUGAUGAGUCUCAGGCCUCAUCCAACAGUGAUCCAUUUGGUGAGCCAACUGGCGAUACUAUAAGUCCACAGCAAUACCUCCUGAGGAUCGGUGCACAGCCAAUAUGGAAGAGGAAAUUGAUUGUAAGCAUGCCUUUCCCGAAACAAUGUCAUAUUUCCUUCACAACCCAACCGGGGUGCCGCGAUCGCUCAAAGCAGCACAGAAAACAAACACUUCCUUUGGGUUUUGACUCACGAGGAAGCAGAACCUCUCUACGCCCAGAUCAACAGACCUAAGAAAUAGCAUUGGUACGGGCUUGCGGUGCUCCGAGACUCGAAUGAAACCCAACCACCUGGCAGGCCUUUGGCUCUCUUGCUUUUUUCCGAUUGAUUUUGUCUGGCAAGGAUAGAUGAUUGCCCUCCUGGACCGGCUCUAUGAGCGUUCCUGACAAUUUUUGGCAACCGAUGGCAGAUCCCUAUGGCAGCACAAAGUGACAGCUCCCUGCUUAGCGCACCAGGAGUCCGGCCCUGUCUCCACAACUCAUGGGUAUCCAGACUAGGAAAUCUCACUCCUCGCUCUUCUUUUCAACAUUUCUUGUCUUGUGUAUGCCACAUAUAAAUAAUGAGCAUUCCUUUUCUUUUGAGCAAAAAAAAGCAGAAUCUGUAUGUAGCAGUGGCAUUAUCAUUCAACAGCCUUUUGGGCACAAGUCGGCACUUUUUAUGUCACGGUGACAUGUUUUUCAUCAUCAUUUACAUCAGGCUGAUCCUGAGUUGUUUUGUUUUUCCUUGUGUAGGCAUAUUUAAACAGCAACAACAGAAAAACACUGGCAGUGUCAUUUUUUUUCUAUUUCUUAUUCUGUAGUUUUGUAUGAGUGACAGAUCCAAGAGCAAAACGCCUCCCACGGAAAUGAUUCUUAACUUGAAACCACAGAAUAAAACUCUGUUGUUUAUCCAUCCGGACUGAAAAUGUUGCCAAAUGUACCUUUACGUUCUAGCGCAUCAUGAGGAAGAAAUGCUGCUUUUCUGUUUGAAUACUCAUGUUGUGGGUAGAGAAAGGACAUGGAAUCCCACUGAUGGAAGAGACGGAAGAUUCAGUAUUUCCUAGGAAACUCUAAACAAAGUACAGAAAAGGAAUAUUUUUAUUUCUUCGAUAUCUUGCUGCUGUAAUGCUAUGCAGACAAGUGUUUUCUUCUCUGUGUGCCAUUUUUGAUGAAAAAAAAAAAAAUCAUUUGCCAAAUACUGGUAUGAUUCUGGUUUAGGAAGUUGGAUGAAACGGACUUUAAAAAUGGGACAAAGGUGGCAUGGAUUUUGGAAUAAUGAACUGAUUCUGUGAUCAAAUUGUUCAUCUUUAUCACUUUUUGUACAUCAGAAAAAAAUCAAAUGGGAUUUUUAUUUUAUAACUUGAAAAAAAAAAUCUUACUGUUAAACUCUUUAAUUGUUUAAGGGGAAAUGGCUUUAAGGAGUUUGAAUGAAAAUUGCCAGUUUUCUUUUUGGUUUUUUUUUUUGUCUUUUUUUUUUUUAAUGUAAAUAUAAAUGUUAUGAGAAUUCUUUUACUAAUGCCAUUACACAGUAGAGAAGGUAGCAAGUUGCAGUGCUUGGGAGGUGUGGCAAACCCAGUUUGUGGUUCUCACAUCACAUACGUUUUCUCACGUGCUUACGAUAAUGGGCUGAAGCUCAAGUGCGUUUGCAGAAGGCAGUCAGCUUGUCAGCAACUAGUGAAAUUAAUGGGAACACAUGAUUUUAUGGUGUAGCUUCUUCACACAGGCAUACUCCACUUACGAGAAAUCACAUUUUCAUUGGCAUCCCCUUACGAUUCCAGAACCUCUGCAUAGAAGUCAUCGAGCUGUUUACACACAGAAUGAAAGAACUUAAAACUUCGUUUUUUUUACAUUUAUGAAGCAGAAGUGCAGUGUUUGGGUUCAUAUGUUUAGCACAUGAUUUUCAUAAAGAAUCUAUAUAUUUUUGCCCUACAGAGAAUUGUUAUACAGGUCAAAUGUGUUUUCCUGAUGUUCCUAUGCAGUUACAGUAUAUUGAAUUUAGUGGUUUAACACUAAGAAGGAAAAAAAAAGAAAAAAAGAAAAAAAAAAGAAGAAAAAAAAAGAAAAAAAAAGAAAAAAAAAAGUAAAAAAGGUUAAAGAAAUUAAAUGAUUAAUCUGUUUUUAGGGUUAUUGUGCAGAUUUUGUUUUUAAAUUGACACAUUAGGAUUUGCAUUUUUGUCAUGUUUAAAAUAGGCCUGGAGUUAUAAAUAUUUUACUUUCCUUCAUCUCUAUGAUAAGCUAAAAAUGGUUUAGAAGGCUAAAUAAUACCUGGGGUGGCAAUUGUUGAUAUGUACAACGAAAUCUCACACCAUGAUUCCAAUCUUUUAUUUUGAAUUAGAGAAAUUAGAGCAAAGUGCGUUGCAGAAUGUAUGUGAAUGAAAAAAUUAGCUGUGAAUAGACCCACUGAACCUGCAGAGAAGAGGACUUUUAUUCCCAUUCACAGUCGUUUGAUGCUUAUCCCUUAGACAUGUGCAAACAGUUCUGUAGCGAAUCUUAUUUUCCCAUUAGAAGGAAGGUUGGUUUUCUAAUUGGAGAUGAACCAAAACCUGGUGGGUUGAGUGUUUCAGGAUUAAAAGCAGAGGUAAAAACGUUUCUGAAGGACAUUUGAAGCCUAUUUUCCUAAUUUGCACUGUGGUGCUACUUACUUCCUCAGCAGCUCUUUUUGGUUUUGUCCUCCAUACGGAGCCGAGAAGAAAAUUUUGAUGCAUCGUAGACAUUUGAGGCUCUGUCUAGUUAAUGCAUUUCCAGUUAUGGGGUAAAACAUUGAAAGAAGAAGAAGAGAUUUACACCUCAGAGGAUCCAUUGACAUCGUAUUGGUAGGAAGCGGAUCAUUUCUGUAGUUCUUGCAACAAAUAGGUGCAGAGGGAACGAGGCUGGGAUUGUAGCGUUUCAUGGGAGACAGCUGGGCCAUCCCCAUGGGCUAGUGUCAUACCAUUACCAACACUGAGAAAUAAAUUCUGACUUGUUGUGUCAUGCAGUUAGAUCGUCUUUGUCACGAUUGAGAUGUUGAGUUGAGAGGAAUGUGCGGCCUCUGCACUGUACCAGUCUUGUAGAUAACUUGAAUAUCCAGCUUGUGCAAUUGUUGAAUCCCUCGUCCUUCACUAGCACUAAAUUUGUCACUUUAAAUUAAAAAACCAGGGAAUUCCACCAGCCAUCCUGUUGUCAUCCCCCGUAGAUUCUUGAUCUUUACCUGUCAUGAAGAGAUAGAUCGUAGUCAUUCAAGUGUCUGACAAAACCUUUCAUCUAAUAACGUACUGGGCACCUUCUUUGCAAAAAAUGUUUACUCUGUGGUUUUCAUUCAUUUUUAUUUCUGCAUUCUGACACAUAUUUUUUUAAUAAAGAUGAGAAAGAUAAAAUGACUGUUGCAGUACAUUUCUAAACCUACUUUAACUUUACCUCAGAUAAUGACCAUUUGUUAACAUAUACGGACACAUUAUUUUUAACUUUAUGUAUAAUGCAUUCAGCAACAACAACAAAAAAAACAACAAAUUUUUAGAAAUUUUCCAUUAAUUUCUGUAACACACCAUGUAAUACUGUUAUGAAUAAAAACAUUUUAAAAAGG